GACCGUGUGUACUACGUACGCGGCACGUUAUGUACCUGAAAUCAGUUGACAAUCCUAUCUGAAUGAUCCAGUGCAGCGGUGUCUCAAAAGAUGAGUGUGCUUGUGCCGAUUGAAAGGGGCGAUCCAGUUGGAUCACAGGGCGGGUCACCACCGUGCACGGCUAGGCACAGGUUCACUCCCCCUGGAAAUCCCAGCACACCGAUAGACCCACUGCCCGUGCCUCCGGAUGUUGGGGAACCGAAUGCGGUCAUCGAAACACAAUUGCCGGCCGCUCACAAACAUCCAUGCAUAUCUUGCUGGUGUUGCUGUUGCGGAUGCUCUUGUGUUUAUUUGCAUGCGUACAGGAGUAGGAUAUGCAAACUGUGGGAUCGUUUUUGUUUCCCAUUAAAAGGCCACCCUCCGAAAACGAACAACGGAAAUGGGUCUAGUGGUGGCAUAGUUGAAAAUCCUGUAGAGUUAAGGCCUCCAUUGGAAGAAGUCCGAAGUUGGAGUAAAUCAUUUGACCGACUUCUAAAGUGCCCUGCAGGAAAAAAAGUAUUUCGUGAUUUCUUACGAUGUGAAUAUAGUGAAGAAAACAUAUUAUUCUGGAUGGCAGUAGAGGAGUUGAAAAAAGAAUCAAAUCCUGAUGUAAUCGAGGAAAAAGCUCGGUUCAUUUACGAAGAUUACAUUUCUAUUCUAUCUCCUAAAGAAGUGAGUUUAGACUCUCGUGUUCGUGAUAUCGUCAAUAAGAACAUCAAUCAACCCUCAGCUCAUAUGUUCGAUGAAGCUCAGCUACAAAUUUACACGCUUAUGCAUAGGGAUUCUUAUCCAAGAUUUAUAAACUCGACGCAGUACAAAAAAUUAGCCAAACUCGAAAAUGGAGCUACCGGUAAUGCUCCAAACAGUGGCCAACAAACCCCAACCAAACGCAAACAGAGCAAUAUAUGAAAACAAAACCUGGAAAACUUUCCAGCUAUAAUAAUUCGUAUUUGGUGUUCAAGCCUGCGUUUGGACCCAUGUAUUUGGGACCAGAAUUGAUAAUUGUUCGUAGAUUUAUAUAUUAUACAGGUAGUAUAAGGAAAAUUUGUAUUUAAAACUGCGGAUGUAAAGAUAAAUAAAAUAUUAU